AUGCUGCCAGUGAGAUGCGGGAGCACACUGCCAGUGAGAUACGGGAGCGUGCUGCCACUGAGGUACGGGAUCCUGCUGCCAGUGAGACACGGGGGCGUGCUGCCAGAUGAGAAAAGGGGGCAUGUUGCCAGUGAGAUACUGGCAGCAGGCUUCCGUAAGACACAGGGGCAUGCUGCCAGUGAGACAUGGGAACGUGCUGCAAGUGAGAAAAGGGGGUGUGCUGCAAGUGAGAAAAGGGGGUGUGCUGCAAGUGAGAAAAGGGUGAAUGCUGCCAGUGAGAAAAGGGUGAAUGCUGCCAGUGAGAUAUGGGGGCGUGCUGCCAGUAAGAUAUGGGAGCGUGCUGCCAGUGAGAAAAGUGUGCGUGCUGCCAAUGAGAUACGGGAGCGUGCUGCCAGUGUAUCCACCAGUUGUCCACAAAAUGCUCACCUCAAUCGACAAAAUCAUCAUUGUUAUUGGAUAAGUGAAGACCAGAGGUCAUGGCACGAUGCCCGUCAGGCUUGCCAACAAGAGCCCAGUGCCGACUUGGCUAUUAUUAACAGUGUGGAUGUUCUGGAUUUUGUCCAGCAGCAUUUUUCAGCGAUCAGCACGGCCUGGAUUGGACUGAUCCAGAGCAGUGCCUCAGGACCUGGGAUAUACCACUGGGUGGACGGGACUCCUGUUGAUACCCACCUGCACUGGGCAACCUCCAAGGUACAGAGUGGUGACUGUGUUCAACUGCAGCUGAACAAGGAAGGCACUUGGCAUGGGAUAUCCUGCCACAGCAAACAGCACUUCAUCUGUGAAAAACCCCAUGAUGUCCGGCUGCAGGAUAUCAAUUACUUCCUGACUGGAACACCAACCUUCAAGAAGGUUGACCUGGUGAAGAAUGUCACUGUGAUGACUGAGGCCUCCCUCCGAGGUGUAACAACAGUUGAGAUGAUGUUGUUUCCUGGCUUGUGGUUCAGCCACUCAGGUCUGGUGAACUCGAUUGAAUUUGUAGUCCAGCCUUUAAAGAAAGCCACUCGGGUACAUUUCAAGAUAUUCAGACCCUACUGCAUCCCAAGCCUGUACCUCAUCCCUCCAGGCUGCGAGUGGCUCCGUACUCCCUUUGCUACCUGUGACACACAGCCACUAUGCAACACCACAGGAGGUUGCAACAACGGACAUCAAUGGUGCCACUUACAGGAAAGGUGUCUGCCCAUCACCAGCCCCUGCAGUUCAUAUGCGUUUGAAAACAUCACAACCAACAUCCUGCCAAUCGCUAACCCUCCCAGAUACAAAGGGACACAGCCAUAUUACUCCCAGGUGGCAGAUAUAGCAAUGAUCAUCAGCCCUGACCUCAACAUUGUGCAUGUAAAUGUGAUGCUGGGUGACCAGGAUGUUCGUGUUUAUCCAGAUGAUGUGAUUGGUUUUCAGCAUGAUGCGGGUCCGAACUCUCUGUUGCAUUGCCUGUCCAGCUCAACAUCACCCUGGCGACAGAGCUACAUCAGCCUGGUGCGGCAGGGCUGGCUGGAAAGUUUACUGGUUGGUUUCCAGCCUACCUGGCCCAGCCCCAAAUGGUUCGAUAACGUUGUCUGCGAUGUGCGCGUCCUGUAUACAGACCAGCCACAGCCGAUUGUUCCCGCCCAGUCCCUCACUACCGUGCCAGACACACACCUGGUAACCCCAGUAAACAGAGUCAACCCCACAGCAAUCAACUGCUGCCCACUGGGCAUGUGGACGACAAUCACUGGCUUGCAAAUCAUCUACCCCUGGCCACAUAAUGGCACUCUCCUGGUCCCAACUGGAAAUGAGGUGCUCAUUGUGAUCAAGAUCAACUCUGGCAGCAAUGCCAGCUCCUGGUGGGGUCCUCCAGUCCGACAGUCAGGAGUCUUCUUCGAUGCCUACUGUCCACCCAGUCUACCUCAGUAUAUGCCAGCUUGCCACAGAGAGACCAGCGAUACAUGGUUCUCGUACGCCCACUUUACCGUCACCCAUCCCAGGUUAGAGAUACUGAAUAUCACUGUGAGCAAUGAAGUCAGCUCCCAGAACACAUCUGUCGAAAUCCAGGCCUAUGAUGUGAUCCAGGGGCUCCGGAUUGUCCCCAGGAAACCCAGACGCAUACUGGUGGAUGUCUCACAGGUAUUUUCAGCACAGGUUACUCAUGGCACCUCUGUCAGUUUCACCUGGGUGAUUGACAAUAUGGAGCUGUUUGUCUACAGUGGACAAAUCUACAAGGUGAUCUUCAAACAACCAGCAACCUACAGGCUCAAGUUAAUGGCAGUGAAUCCGGUGAGCAAGCAGAGCAUAGAAACUGAGUUAGUAGCUGACACCAUGCACCCUCUAACAGAUCCACAGUUUAUUAAUUUGUCUGGCACGGUUCUUGUUGACAGACCUCAUACAUUCACAUUCAGGAUCAUGGUGGACAGUUUAGCAGAGGUUACAUUCCGGUGGAACUUCGGCAAUGCAAAUGCCACAAUAACGCAUUCCAGGCAUCCACCACACUCCGCCCACCUGUCUGAGCCAGACUCAAGGACCACGACCAUAAUGGUGCAAGACAAAAUGACCUGGGCAUACUCUCAGCCUGGUAACUAUAUUUUGGAAGUGGAGAGUGCUGCUCAGUGGAGCUGCAUUAGGUGGAGUCAUUCAGUGUAUGUCCGCUACCCUUUGACAGAACUGAACUGCGCAAAGAUGCCAGAGCACCCUCACACCAACGGAGUCAUUGUAUUUGAAGCUUACCCUCGGCCGUCCUCUUUUGGGAUAUUCUACACGUGGAACUUUGGUGAUGGAGCUCCUGCUGUUUUGGCAACGAGCUCCACAGUGCAGCAUAGGUUUAAAACGAGAGGAAUUUACAAUGUCACACUCCAAGUCAAUAAUACAGCCAGUGCAAUGAGUUCCUAUCUGAUGGUUACAGUGGAAGAAGAGAUUACAUGCCUCGAGGUGACAACCAGUGAGCGCAGUGAGCUGGGUUCUACAAUACUGGUUCAUGCAGAAGCAAGAAGCGGCUCAAACAUUCUGUGGGCCUUCAAUAUGGGGGAUGGACACACCCUUGGAAAUCUGACAACUGACACCAUUUUUUACAGAUACCCUGUGGAAGGGCGUUACACCAUCACGGUAACUGGGAGUAACUUGGUCAGCUCAGUUAGUCAGUCGGUUGUUGUGGAGGUGUAUGCACUGAAGGUGAUGGCUGUCAAACCAACAGGAUGCUUGGUCUCAGGAAGCAACACCUCCUUUCAGGCUGAGGUGUCCAGCACAGGGAAUGGGACUCAGUUCUGCUGGAGUUUCGGAGACGGGAGCCCGGCCCUGGUGGUCCGAGGCAGCUCCGGGGUCCAUCACACCUAUGCCACAGCUGGGAACUACACAAUCACCGUCACCGCCACCAGCCCCUUCAAUACUGCAUCCUACCAGGCUGCCAUCUGUGUACAGGCGCCCAUCCAUUCUGUCCAGCUAUUGGCCAGGAACCUUUCCGUACGGUUAAGAGACCCAGUUCAGUUUGUGGCCAAGGUGGACCCUGAGGAAGGCAAGCAGCACCCUUACCAAUACCACUGGGAUUUUGGGGUGCGAGGGCCUCCUAUUUCCAGUUGCAGGGAGCAGUCCUUUGUCUAUGAUAAAGUUGGCAUCUACUUGGCUGUGGUCACUGUGAGUAACCAUGUUGACCAUCAAAGUAGUUCCUGCUCAGUGACUGUUCAGGAAAGUGUUGGGGACUUCACAAUUCAUCAUGAGGGUCUGGCCCAGGAGGCUCUCUCCUCGAACAAAACAUAUGAAUUUCAUCUCCAUGGUGCCUCGGGUACCAAUGCCACAUUCUACUGGGACUUUGGCGACGGCACUGCCAGGACAGAGGGCCAGCAGGUAUCUCACAUUUAUCGGAGCUGUGGAUGGUUCACCAUGAUGGUGGUGGGGGUAAACCUGGUCAGUCGCCUGGAGAGGUUCCUGAAUGUCCGUGUCAUCACCCCCAUCACCCAGCUGUGUGUCAGUGCUGGACAGCUGGUAGUGGAAACUGGGAAGAGUGUCACCUUCACUGCUUCGCUGUCCACAGGAGAACAAGUUGUCUUCUUCUGGGCAGUGUGUGGAGACUGUGUCCUACACCCCGGAUCAUCCAGUUUCAAACACAGCUUCCUGGAGCCUGGCACUUACAGUGUGGUGGUGACAGCAAGAAAUGAGGUGAGUGAAGAAACAAAAAUGGUCACCGUUCAGGCUGAAGAAAGGAUCCAAGAUGUGAAAAUAGACACUGGAGAUCUGAUUCACAGAAGUUACUUUGCUGCAAAGGAGGUUUGUAUACUGCGUGCACACGUGGCACUGGGGUCAAAUGUGUCCUUUGAAUGGACCAUUAGACGAGGCCCUGUUGUGGUUGCUGUAGGUCAAGGGGCAAUCAUGAUGUUUCAACCAGAGGCAGCUGGGGAUUAUUGGUUGGUGGUGAUGGCCAAAAAUGCUCUUGGAGGAGUCAGCCAAAGUGAAGAGAUCUCAGUAUUGGAGCGUAUCAGUGGGGUGAAGGUCACUUCAACACCACGCAACGUAGCCACGGGGCAACCAGUUCAACUGAAUGUCACAGUCACCUCUGGGACUGAUUUACUGUAUGAAUGGUUCAUCGAAGGAGCUGAAAAUCGCCUAAGGACCAGCAUCUCCUCACUUUCCUACAUUUACUCAACAGCAGGAACCACUAAGGUAAACGUGACCGUCUACAAUAGGCUAGGGAGUGUCCAGAACUCCCUUGUUUUAACAAUCCAAGAGCCUGUUUGUGAAGUGAGCUACACUGUGCUGGAUGAGGCACUCCCUUUUUACUUGCAGACUAAUGCCACCACCCAUCUGAAGGGCUUUGCAGGCAGAGGCACUGAUAUCUCCUGGGAAUGGUGCCUGCUCAGCCCAGUAGGCACCCACUCCUGGCACGGUCAUGAGAUCAAUCAUACGUUCAGCACAGCAGGAGUCUACCCACUCACCCUCAAUGCUUCCAAUGGAGUUAGCUGGGAGUCAGUGCACCAUAACCUCACAGUGCAGGACAGAGUCAUAGGGCUUGUCAUCGAGUUGGACAAGACAACUGUUCGGGUUGGUGAAGCAGUGACUUUUACCCUUAAUGUUCAGCAGGGCAGCAUGGUGCGCUACUUCCUGCAUUUUGUCACUUUGCGCACACAGUUGUCACUACGUGGAGACACCUACAAAGUGACAUUCCCUUCAGUAGGACUGCAGAAUGUGACUGCGACAGCAUGCAAUGAAGUCAGCAGUGAGAUGUGCUCUGCCUCUGUGGUGGUGCUGGAGGAGGUCACUGGACUCCAUUUGGUUAAUUGCUGCCAGUCUACUGUGGAGGCCAACAAGGAGAUGAAGCUCACCGCGAGGGUACACACAGGGACAGGUGUGAGGUACAGGUGGCACCUCCACCUGCCAGGCUUACCUGAUCUGCAUGGCUCAGGGCCAAGCAUUACCUACACCCCUCAGAGCACAGGAAAGCUAACUGUCCAUGUGGAGGCUAUUGGACAGCUUGGUGCCCUUUCACUUACUGAGUGCAUUCAAGUUCAACUCCCCGUGUCAGUGGCAGGCAAGCUCUGGAGUGACAAUGUUGAUCUGUUUGUGGAACAGGCUGUGACAUUUCGGAUGGUGUUAUUGGGGGGUACUGAUGUUCGAUACCUCUGGAACUUUGGUGACUCACCCAAGACAUACACCAGUCAGAAUGGCACUAUCCAGCACAGGUAUAAGACAGCUGGUUGGUACACUGUGGAGGCCAAGGUCUUCAAUGAUGUCAGCUCUGUGGUUGGCCGCCUGGUGAUCAACGUGCGGCAGCCUGCUUGCUGGGCUCCUGAAGUCGGAUUGGUCAAACCACCACCUACUGUUGUCCGGGCACGAGCGAGUUACUUUGAGGCUAAGGUGGACCUAAGGGGCUGCACAGCGUACCAGGCUCGCUACCAUUGGGAACUGUUAGAGGGCACCAGCUGCCAUGGGUCAGCUCGAGUGCCCCUCAGCGCUGUAGAUACUGGCAAACCCAUCCUGGCCUUGCCCAAAUUGGCACUGCCUCUAGGUGCCCACUGCUUGCAGUUCACAGUGGACCUUGUUAGCACACCAUUGAGCCAGAAGGUGGCAGCGGUGAUCCAGGUGGUACAGAGUAAGCUGCUGGCCAUUAUCAGUGGAGGAUCAGAGAGAACAUGGGCCAAUCACCAGGAUCUGGUACUAGAUGGAUCAAAAUCCUACGACCCGGAUGUUGAGAUGGAGGAGGAGGCUUUUCUGACUUACCACUGGGUUUGUGAAGCUGUGGUCCUGGCACCAUCCAAGUACGUUUCUGCUUCUAUUACCCUUUCAGGCAGUGUGUUCCAGAUUCUACCAACCUCUGGCGGUGGGAGUGGUGAGGACGCAAGCCAGGAUGCAGCCGGCAAGGAUCAGUUGACUUCUCCAUGUAUCCAUCCUGGUAUUUCAGUUGGGCCUGUAGUCACAAUUCCCAGAAACACCCUGCUGCCAGGUGUGACCUACCUGUUCACACUGACUGUCACCAAGCUGGGUAAAGAGGCUGCCCACACCACUCAAACGGUUCUGGUGCGAGCUGGGGAGAUUCCUUGUGUAAUGCUGGAAUGUAUCUCCUGCCAUGUCCUCUGGAGCUAUGGAGUGAGCAGGAGCACGCAUGUCACAUUGGCUGGAAGAUGUCAGAAUUGCAGCAACAAGUCCAGCUAUAAGUGGAUAGUUCAAAGUUCAGAUGCCUACCCUUUGAUUUUGGACAAUAAAACCACCUCGACAGGGAACUCCAAUUCUAACCUGGUUGUUCGACAGGGUGUCCUCCAAGAUGGGAUCAACUACACCUUCACCUUGAGCAUUACUGAUCCAGAAAAGGAAACCGCAGGGUUCUCCAGCAUCACUCUGAGUCCUAACUACCCACCAAGCGGAGGCGAGUGCACCAUCCAGCCAGACCAAACGUUCUACCUUUUGGAGACUCUGCUAAGCUUUAACUGCACAGGCUGGUGGGAUGAGGAUGGUGGCCUGGAUCAGCUGGUUUACUCACUGAUGGCGAUCACCUGCCCUUAUGAUUCCUCCAGUUGUGAUAGGUUUCUGUUGUACUGGGGCAUCAAGCCCUCCUCCAGUGUGUUGCUGCCUGCAGCUACCAGUGGCAGAGCCUCCACUGUCCGCGUCUUGGUUCAGGUAGAGGAUCUGCUUGGUGCUAGAACCUUAGCUAUCAACAAAACUCUCAUGGUGUUAAUGCCAGAUUUCCUCCCGGAAUCAUACAGUGUCAUUGAUUGGUUGAAACACAAGAGCCAAUCAGAGCUGUGGAGCCUGGUUCAACAGGGCAAUCCCAGUGAGGUGAUCCCAUACUCUGUCACUCUCAUCAGCGCCCUCAAUCAGUACUCCAGGCACCGUGAGCAUGAUCUGAGGGACCGGAUCAACAUCCGUAGUAAUAUAACCCUAGCACUGACUUCCCUGACAGUCGCAACUCUGGAGGACGUGAACCAGAUCAGUGCAGCACUGGCUCAGUGUGUGGCUUUUCCUGGAGAAUUUAUAAUGGGUCAGGGGCUGGAGGGAAGUCUGAGGAUAACCGGACAGAUGAUUGACAUCAUUGGAAAUCAGACAGGCCAAGGAUCAGCCACACCCAGUGAAGCUGGAAGAAAUAUUUUGAGAAUCCUAGGUGCUGCAAUGUCUGUGAUUGAUGUUGGUCCAAAUAAUGGAACCCAGAGGCAAGAUGACCUGUUCACCUCUGCAACCAUCUUCCAAUUGACCAGCAAACUUGUCCAGUCUCUCAUGCGCUCUCGGGUUCUCAAUGAGGAGCCCUUGUUAUUAUCUGUCUCUGAGAUCGACGUGCAGGGGAAGAGAGUGGACCCCUUCAACCUGUUGUGUGCCUGGCCUGGUGAGCCAUGCCUCUUCCACAUCCCCCAGGCACUAUCCAGCCAGCUGUCAGCAAACCGUGAGCUCAUCCAGCUAACAAUGAGCCUCAGGGUCAAUCCGUUCCCAGGAGGCACCAUCAGCAACUACAGUGUCUCCACCCAUCUCGGAUCCAUGGAGUUGAGCAGCUCACAAGGGCUUCCAGUCUCGAUCAGUGGCCUUGCCACAGAAAGGUCCAUCCGUAUCACCCUAGCAGACCGGAGGCCCCAUCAGCGGGAACACACAGUGACAGUGAAAACUCUGAGUCCUGGAGAAAGUGUGAAUUUCACCAUCCGGCCUGUCAAUAGUAACCGUGCAGCUGGACUCCACGUUGACUUGCGGUUCACGCUGAUAGAUCUUGAUGGUGCCCAGGACCCAGAACCUUUUGUCCAACUCCAUGUCCACAACAACCCACUGUUUAAUGGAUCCCCAUACAAUGCAACAAGAGGAAUCAUUCUGCGUCCCACCAGGGAACGUUCAACUGUCGAGCACACCAUUUUCCUAUCUCCUGAGCUUUAUGACAGCACCACCGAGCUGUUGCUUGUCACCGUUUCCAACCGCUUCUCUUCUGCCCGAGUGGGUAUCACAAUCACCAUAUACACCUCGCUCUGCCAGUACUUCGAUUUCCAGAGCUUGCAGUGGAGGACAGAAGGCAUUGUGCCCACACACUGGACCAGGCUGGAGGAAGCUGUGUGCCUCACUCAGCAUCUCACCCUCUUCGGAGCGAGCCUCUUCGUGUCUCCAAAUGCGGUGGAGUUUCUUGCACCGGCAGACAAGCCAGUCCAGAACAUGGUGGUGGCAAUCAGCUGCACCUUGGUGUUUGUUGUCUACAUUGUGAUGGCACUCAUUGCCCACAAGCUGGACUACAUCGAUAUCAACCGUGCUGGUAUUAUCCCACUUUGUGGGCAGCAUGGGCAGUACAAGUAUGAAGUCAUGGUGAAAACUGGCUGGUGCAGGAAUGCAGGUACAACAGCCCAUGUGGGCAUCAGUCUGUAUGGCCUGAACAAGAGUGGGUCCCGCCACCUGGACAAGGAAGGAGCAUUCCAGAGAAACAGUCUGGACAUUUUUCAGAUUGAGACAGAUGCCAAUUUGGGUGAGAUUUGGAAGAUCAGAAUCUGGCAUGAUAACACAGGACUGAGCCCCUCUUGGCACCUGGAGCACGUGGCAGUUUGGGACAAGCAGACUGACAUUAUGUACUAUUUCCUGGCUCAGGACUGGUUAUCAGUGGAGAACGAGAAGAAUGAGGGGAUGGUGGAGAAGGAUGUGUUGGCAGCGUGUCCCCAGGAGCUGCGUCGUUUCUCUCGUAUUUUUGUCUCUCAGCUGAAGCGGGGUGUGUCAGAGAAGCACAUCUGGCUGUCAGUCUGGGAUCGUCUGCCUCGGAGCCACUUCACACGGGUGCAGCGGCUCACCUGCUGUACCCUGCUCAUGUACCUGUUUCUCACUGCAGCAGCCACAUGGUAUGGAGCUGUGGGAGCCAAAAAAGAAAGCUUUCCUGUGGCAUACCUGACCACUGUCACAGGUGAGACGGUGGCUGUUGGCAUUGUUCUAGCCUUUGUCGUUUUCCCAAUCCACUUUCUCUUCACCUGCCUCUUCAGAAGAAUCCGGAGCCAGGUCACCAUGGAUGACCCUGAAGGCUCUGUCCCAGAGGCACAGACUGUGGGAAUGGACAUGUGUUUGGAUCCCUCAGAGCUGGGCAGCUCCUCCUUCCUGUCUAUUCCUGGAGGCCUGGACUCCAUUGCAGAUGCCAGCUCAGAGAGUUGUGAAUCCCAUUGGAGUAAAAAGCUGGACUCAGGCUUGCAAUUCCCCCCGCAGCUUUUCAGCAAGAGCUUUCUGAAGAGCUGGCCAUCAUAUGACAGUUUGUUUGACCUCCCUGACUUCUUGAACCAUGAUCCUUCCUUCAGUCAAAACAAAAUUCUGAAACGGAAGAAAGCUUUGCGCAAACAAGGGAUCAAGUCAUGCUCAUCAUUGGAUGAAGAUCCCCUUUCCCUUUCCAUCGCAGACUCCUAUGAUAGCUGGAGUUUGAAACAUAAUCAGCUGACAACAUCAGGACAUUGUCCCUGGUGGAUUUAUUGGUUAACCCCUGUAAUUAAUCCUGGCAAUAGCUGUGACCAUUCCAACUCAUUGAGCACCGAAAUAAUCACCCAUAGGAUUGACUGGUCUGCUGAGAUUAACAGCACCAAUCACAAUUGGGUUUAUUCAUCAGACAACUUCACAAGGACAGAGAGUGCGUUUGUUGAGUUCACACAGUACAGCCGGGAUGUGGAUCUGUAUGCUGUGGUGACCUUACUGGUCGUCUUUCAGCCCACGUUGCCUGUCAAACCAGUUGUCGUUAUUAAACCUAUCUCAGUGCUGAGCUCAAGUCGCGGGGUGGACCUGUUGCUGGUGUUGAUGGUGCUGCUAUUCCUCUUCAGCCUCUGUUUUCUGGUCGCUGAGGUCAUCGCUCUGAACAGGGAGGGUUUGGCUUAUUUCAAAGAGGGCCACAGGUACCUCCAGCUGCUCAUCAUCCUCCUUUGCAUCCUCAUCCCUGGCCUCCAUUUCAGCCACAUCAGACUCGCUGACCGGCAGCUCAGCCUCUACAAGUACAACCCCCAACAGUUUGUUAGUUUCUACCAUGUUGCGUGUCUGGCUGAGGGGGUCACCAGUCUCGCCGCAUUUCUGCUCACCAUCCUCACCUUGAAGAUUGUAGGACAGUUUCGUUUUGUGCGGAGAUGGUGUGUGUUUGGGAGGGUGUUCCAGUGUAUGAUCCGAGAGCUGAUGCCUGCCUUCCUUUGCCUCUUCCUGAUUGUCAUGGUGUAUGCACAGUGCGGCUAUGUGGUGUUCUCUCCUGCUCUGGAACACUUUGUGACGUUCAGCAGCUCUCUGCUGACUUUGGUUGUCUUCCCCCGAGGAACUCUGUCCCUCCGACAUGCAGUCCACCAUUACCCCAUAAUUGCACCCCUCUACUUCUUCAGCUACCUGCUGUGUCUGAUGUGGAUAGCGAGAAACUUCUUCAGUGCCAUUAUCAACCAGAGUUACAGAGAGCUCAAAGCAGAAAUGUACCGCCCAGCCAUUGAACCACAAGACUACGAGAUGAUCGAAUUCUUCAUUAAGAGGUUCAAACUCUGGAUAGGACUCACCAAGACAAAGGAGUUUCGACACAAGGUGAAAUUUGAAGGGAUGGAGUCAUUGCCGACAGGCACUUCCCAAACCCUGAGAUUAUCUCAACUUGCAUCAGAAAGUACUGAGUCUCCAUUCUCAGACUGCACCAUCUUGUCAGGCUCCGUGCAAUCCGAGGAGCUGACUCUGCCAAAGAGUCCAACCUCGGAGAUCUACAAUGUUGAAGCCUAUCUGGAUCGGUUGCUGCCAACUGUCAACAGCCUCCUCGGUCAGUUUGACCGUGUCAAUAAAGUCACCGAUGACUUGUACCGGAUUGAGAGUGACUUGGAGAAAGUGCAGCACAGAAUCAACCAAAGGAGACAGACUCUGGGCAAGAAUGAAAACAGCAAAGCAGAGAGACGAAGCCUCCCUGUGCCCAGGGCAUGCAGUGCCGUUUCUGAUUCGGCCGUUUCCAGCCUCCGACCAAGCACAGGCCCAGCUCGUGAGUACUGUGCAGUCAUUGCCCAAUCAGCUCACAGUGCUCUACCAGAUGGCUCCAGGUCUAGUGAUGUUCAUGGGCGAAGAGCCUGGCAGUCAGGACCACCACUGUCAGCAGGUAUCGGUCAGAGAGCAGUAUGGAGUUCAGAACCUGCAGCCAAACCAAGGCCCAAAAGUGAAGAAGGGCAGGAUCGAGUGACGAGUCGGCAGCAGGCUCCAGUAAAGAGGAGAGCGUGGCAGAGUGAAAGCAUGGAGGGGAAACCAUGA